AGGUUACUCCAUCAAAACACUGUAUGAUAUGUGGAACAGAAAGCUUACUGUGUGAAAUCUGUAACUCCUCUUAUCCAGCACCAGGCGUCGCUGUACUGCUGUAUGCAGGUGAACCCAUUUAUCAGUUGUAACAGCUAGUUGAUGGUAACUCGUGGUUUAGAGCAGUUGUUUCUCAGUGCUCGAGGUCCACCGCCCUGCUUUAAUCAUCUGAUCGAAUGAAUUAUCCUCUGAGCUGGAAGCAGGAAAACACUGGAACCACCAGAACCAGGACUGAAAUGAUUUAAAAUAAGCCUUUCAUGAAAAUGUUAAUAGACUCACUAAAAAAAACAGAGAUUCUGUCUAUUAAGCAGACUGUGGAAGCUGAUCUGAGGUCAGCCGAACUGCUCGCUGUUCAGGUUUUGAAGGCACACAGAGAGGUCGCAGUGUCUGACCUGAACUCACUGUAAUCUGCAGGCUCAGCACAUUCGUGUAGAGGAGAGAAAGGAGAGGGGGAGGGCUGUGUUGUUCUGUAGCUUGAGUUUUUAGAGAUAUUCACCGCUGUUCCCCUUCAUGUCUCAUGUGUGUGUCUUCUCCUGUGUCUACAGGCUGUGUGAUAGCACUGUGAUCCACUGAUCCACCACCAGUCAUGAAAACCAGACAGCUGCAGAAAUGUCCUGUGUGCCUCCUCCAGUACCAGAACAAGAACUUGGAUAAGCAUAUGCACAGUCGAUCACACCAUGAAGCCAUUGAGAAACUUAAGGGCAGUCCGCAAAUCCAUAAAUGUUUGGCCUGUGGGAUUUCGGUGUGGGGGAUGAGCCAGUAUGAGAAACACAUCAUGACCCCUGGACACAUUACCAACCUGAUUUACCUUCAGAAAAACAGGUGGAGCGGAAGAAGGUUUACAGUGGAUUACACUGAUGAUGAGCUGGCUGCUGUUUGUGCCGAGAGAGAUCAGAAACGACUUGCCUUAAAGCUGAAAAAGAAAAAAGAGCAACAGCAAAGGAGGAUGGCACGGAAGAAGAUUAAGAAGAAAAUAAAGGCAAACAAUAACCAGAUAACACAAAGCAACAGUCAGAGCAGUAACAAGACACCACCUCUAAAUAAGGAAGACACCCAUGAGUCCAACCAGACUGUGGACUGUACAGACCAUUUCUACUCUAAUCGUCAGUCUAAUCUGUGUUGCCCACCACUUCACCUCAUUUUCAUUUCUGAAGAGGAAGAUGAUGACUGUUCACAGCAGAGGGGGUCAGCAAUGAAGGAACAGAUUCUAGAUGCUAACCCUCCAGAUUCAUCCCCAGUAACAAGACCUUUGUUGUCAGAUGUUCCAACAGUGGACCUCAAAACAGACAUCAGCAGUCAACAUUCCAACAAGAGCAUGACUCAGGAUACAGCUUCUGAAAAACCUACCCAAUCACUCCAUGCUUCUGGAUUGGAUCAUAGACAUGUAAAUAGCUGCUUAUCCACAACACCAAAAAGUAUGUCUCCAUCAGUACAGAAGGACCAGGUUCUUUUUAUUUGUACUUCAGCAAGUUCAGACUUCUCUGCAGCAGAUAGAGUUAUGGAACUAAAGAAAUCAACAGAUGAACCCAGAUCAAAACAUGCAGAGAAAUUUGCCAAAGAAAAGACACCACCCUUUACUCUGCAGAAGCCAUGUCUGGGUUAUAAAACACCUGAAGGAUGUUCUUCAGAACAGUGGCGCAAGACUAAAGAGCUAGAAGCUAGGAUUAAAGAAAAGUCUUCUCCACCAAUGAAGCCCUCAGGUGGGUACAGUCUAGCAGCGCCCACAGCAGGUUUUCUGCAGGAGUGCAAGACCGACCAGCACAGAAACCAAGAUUCUACACAAAGCACACACAACCUUCCGGCCUUGUUGAAUCGAUCUGCCACCAAAAGAGUUGCAAGCAAGCCCAACCUGAACAUUGCUAGAGGUAUUCAUGCCUCUCAGAAGCCAAAUAAGACCGGGAGUGCAUCAUUAAAACCUGCACUAGAGAAGCUCAUCAAUUCUAAAAGCUCCCAGUGGAAGGUGAACUGGAAGGAGAUUUAUGAAGAAGCAACAAAGAAUAAACUGCAGAAAGAGAAGGGCUUACCCAGGUUCGGGAUUGAGUUUGUGAGUCCACCUACACCUGGGCCACUAGAACUGAUUCUGGAUGAAGUGGAGGCUUUUGAUGAAAGCUGUCUGUGGGAAUCUAUCAACUUUAAUGAUGGAACUCCAUUUUCCUCAGUUGUUCCCUUGAGUAAGAACACCUGUGGAUCACAGCCAGCUGAGGCCUCUCCUGGUCCUAGUUCUGAGAACCACAAUGAUCAGACAUCAGUAACAAAGUUCACUUCACUGCAGAUGAAAACUCCACUAAUAAAAAGCAAGAAGAUGAAAAGUGGAGACAUCAAAGAUGCCGUAAAGAACAUGGCAUCACUGACAAACAGAACUUCUGCGCCUGUUACAGAGGCAAAUGCCCUGGCUGAAUUGCAUGAGUCUGGUACAGAACAGCACAGCGGAUCUGUACUGAACCCUCUCAGACACACAAAAAAGCAGGAUGAUCCAGACUCCAAUAUUAAGAAUAUAGAGAUUCCAAAAAACACUCUAAGUGAAUUGCUGGCGCUGUUUCAUAGAGAAGAAGAGCUAAGAUCCUAUUUGGAUCAUGUGAACAGUCAACUGCUCCUGGCUCAGUCUGCUCUACGUGCUUCCCUCAGCAACGUUCAGAAUCUACAAGAGAUUAAACAGCAGGUCACUACAGAGAUGGCCAUGCUUAUAUCUAAGAACAUUGAGGUCCUGCAGAGGAUACAAAAUUCCAGCUUAUGUGGAAAUCUUCCUAUCUUUGGCACUGAGAGCCACCAGAGGGUGCCAGAUACCCCCAGAGUGCAACAGGAACUUUCUUAAAGGCCAGUAAAGAAGUCCUGGUGCUGCAUCCUGAGGACCCUUCCCUCCACACACACAGAGAACACACUCCUUUAGUGGUUUUCAGUUUUGCUGUAUGAAUGCAUUUUGUUGUAUGUCUGCUAGUUCUGUCAUAAUAAUUACCUCAUUAGCCUAUCGUACAAUAUAAGCACCUCAAUCAUUUUACUGCCAUCAAUAUAGCUUAUCAAAUGUUUUCUGCCCUUAUUGUAUUUAUUGCUCCAUUAUUAUGUAUGUUGGAGAGAUAUUCUGCACUUAGACAGGAUUGGUUGUUUCAGUUGAGUUAUGUUGUGGACAUUUUGUUUUGGAGAAUUUGUUGUUAUUUUUGAGUGAUUUGUUGAAGCAUUUAAUUUUCUUAAUAAUUAAAUAAUUUAAUUUAUUUUCUGAUGUUGUCCACUAUUAUCAUUUUUAUUUGGAUCAGGGAUGUUGCACUGUUUAACUUGCAGAUCAGUUUUGCUGUGAAUGUAAGUUUUUUUUGUUGUUGUAAUUUAAAACAGCUUGUUUAAAUGACAAAAAAAUACACAGUAUGUUGCAACUAA